AGUGCUCAUCGACUCGUUGGCAGCAGUAUUGAGGAAACUAAGGACGCGAAUAAAGGAAAAUGUGAAAAAUGUCCGACGACGAAAGCUACUCUUUGGCCAUAGAAACAACACCCAUAGAUUUUGAAGAAGCUGAAAAAGAAACUAGAGCUACAUGGGAACAUGAGCAAUUAGCACAGGUGCGGAUCAAAGUGUUCAGGGGACAUUUUGGUGCUGUGAACUCAUGUCAGUAUAUCAACAAUGAUACAAAGAUAUUAUCAGGAUCUUCCGACAAGACAGUGAAGAUCUGGGACAUUGACACUGGCAUUGUAUCAAAUACCUUCAACUGUCAUUCAGACGCCGUCAGUGCUGUCAGCAUCAACGACAAUGGACGCAGGUUUGCAUCGUGCGGCUGGGAUAAGAAGAUUGGAGUAUGUGAUGUUGAAUCAGGGAAUAUGUUGUGGACAGGGAAGCAUGCUGGUAUAGUGACCAGCUGUAAGUUUUCACAUGACGGCAAAAUGGUUGUGUCUGGAUCGGACUUAGACAACACACUGAAAAUCUGGGAUGCUAAUUCUGGUGAACUCAUCUACAAUAUAGAAGAUAUACACACAAGCACCAUCACAAGCUGUAAAUUUGCUCCUCUUGAUGACAAGGUCAUCACAACCUCCAUGGACCAGUCAGCCAAGUUCUUUGAUCUUCGCUCCAACAAGGUCACCAUCACAGUGGAAGGACACAUCAAUGUGAUAUCUUCCUGUGAUGUGACGUUUGAUGAGCGUAAGUUUGCCACUGGUUCCUGGGACAAGACUGUUGGUAUCUGGGACAUCGCCACUGGAGGAUACAGAUCUAAAGGACCUUUGACCCUGUCUGGUAGUCAUGAUGGGUCAGUGAGUUCGUGUGCCUUUAGUAACGAUGGUCUGAUGUUGGCCACUGGCUCUUUUGACAAAACUGUUGUGGUGUGGGAUGUAGAAAACCAAGUUCAGAAACUGAAGUUACAGGGCCAUGAUGAUUGGGUGCUGGACGUGGCCUUCACCAAGGACAUGCAGCAUGUGAUGUCUGCAUCAAAGGACACUACUAUACGGAUCUGGAAUGUAGAGGAUUCAGACAAAAUCCCAGUCGUCAUGGAAAGGAAGAAGGCUAUAGGUCUGAAGAUCAUCAAGUGUGGCAAGUGUGGAAAGCCAUUCUCUAUGACACAGCUGGAGAGUUUCCGAGAUGUUUCUGUCUGUGUAUUCUGUCGUCUAAAGAACCGAGAAAAAACAAUGCUGGACAUCAUGAAUAUGGUGGACUCCUGAUCAUCUCUUAUCCUCAUCAGCGUCAGGCCUGUUACCAUGGUAUGUUCUAUACCGUGACAGAGUUGGGUGACUUCCUGUGCGAGAUUUGGAGUGACUUCCUGGGACAGAGUUGGGUGACUUCCUGUGACAAGAGGAGUGACUUCCUGUGACCCAGUUGGGAGACUUCAUGCGACAGGACGAGUUACUUCCUGUGACAGGACAAGUGACUUCUUGUGACAGGACGUGUUACUUCCUGUGACAGUUUCUGUCCUACUCUACAAUUGCGUUACAUCAUGAGCCACCAAGCAUGCCUGUGAUAUAUGUUGUCUGAGAAUUUCAUGUUGUUCCUGAAUUGAACCUUAUCUCCUGGCCAGAUGAAUGAAGUAUUACACCAUUCUGUAUAUACCAGCUAUGUGUAACUACAAUUAUGUAACCUGGAAUCUAAUUAGGGACGUUCUGGGCCUUAAUAACUUAAUAACUAAUGCAUGUAUUUGCAUACUGUUAACCUCAUUACUGUUUUAUGUGAAGAAAACAUUACUUCAACGUCCUGAGUGAAGAGGAUGUAUCUUAAUAGUUGUAAUUGUGACGUUGUUAAUGUAACAUAAUCCCACACACGAAGGAGUCUAUUCACCUAUCUACAUUUAAAACAAAUAAUGUACAUUUUCAGGAAGAUUUAUUGUUUCAUUGUGUUUAAUAUUGAUUAUUGUUGCUAUAAAACACAGGUUUAUACACAAUAAAGUAUUAACCUAAUCA